AGAGAGAGUGAUGCAUUGAGGGAUGGAGUGAGAGAGGAAGGGAGGGAGAGCAAAAGGAGAGAGCCAGAGGGAGCGAUACAGAGAGAGAGAGAGAGAGAGAGCAAAAAGGGAGGGGAGUUUAAACUAAGUGCUAUGUUUUGGGACAGGCUAAUCUGCUAGCGAGCAGUGUGAGGAUCGGAGCGUAUUGUGUGAGCCAGUGUGUGGGGGACAGAUAAGGGAGCCAGCCAGCCCGCCAGCCCGACCCACCAACCCACCGACUGCCUGACUGCUUGUUUUAAUGUGCUGACUCUGGGGAGAUUUUUUUUUUUAAAGACAGCAUAUUGACUCCUUUAGACGUGCGCGGAGACCUUGGGCACAAAACGCCACCGCCGCUACUACUACUACUACAGCCACAGCCAGCAGAAGAAGUGCAUCAGCAGCUGAUCAACAACAACAGCAAAAAACAGAGAGAGAAUAGAAGGACUGAAAAAUCACAACUCCAGAAUCAGAAAAUUAAAGAGGAUUCGUUUCCCUUUUUUUCCCCCCCAAUUGAUUUUUUCUUUCUUUCUUUUUUUUUUCCCCCCUGUUCGCGGGACUGACUCCCAAAAGAGAGAGGAAAAAGAAAAGGGGGGAGAACUGAAGAGAAUCUGAAAAUAAAAAGGACAGAACGAAAAUAACAAGCACCGAAUCUGAACAUGUUCGAAAUAAGCCGAACACUCAACGCCGCUUUGUUGAGCAAUGAGGGGUCGACAGAGACACAGUGGCGUCAGGCAGAGCUCCCACAGCUCCAGGGCUGGGCAGAGAAGGGAUUGCUGACACAGCCAAAGAUGAUCAUCAGUAACAUGGAGGCUCCAGUGACAAACGGCCCCAGCGGAGGAGGCACCACAGCCAACGGGCCGACCACCAACAGCCGUGGCUGCCCCUCGCCCAUGCAGACCGGCCCGUCAAACGACGACAGCAAGACAAACCUCAUCGUCAACUACCUGCCCCAGAACAUGACCCAGGAGGAGUUCCGCAGCCUGUUCGGUAGCAUCGGCGAGAUCGAGUCCUGCAAGCUGGUUCGCGAUAAGAUCACAGGACAGAGUCUGGGCUACGGCUUUGUCAACUACAUCGAUCCAAAGGAUGCAGAGAAAGCCAUCAACACGUUAAAUGGACUCAGACUUCAGACCAAAACAAUCAAGGUGUCAUAUGCACGGCCCAGCUCGGCCUCCAUCCGAGAUGCUAACCUGUACGUGAGCGGCCUGCCCAAGACUAUGACCCAGAAGGAGCUGGAGCAGCUCUUCUCCCAGUACGGACGCAUCAUCACCUCCCGCAUCCUCGUCGACCAGGUCACAGGCCCCGCAGGUGGCUCCCGAGGUGUUGGCUUCAUCCGCUUUGAUAAGAGGAUAGAGGCUGAGGAGGCCAUCAAGGGCCUGAAUGGCCAGAAGCCUUCAGGUGCCGCCGAGCCCAUCACGGUCAAGUUUGCCAACAACCCCAGUCAGAAGACCAGCCAAGCCCUUCUGUCGCAACUCUACCAGUCCCCCAACCGCCGAUACCCCGGGCCCCUGCACCACCAGGCCCAGAGGUUUAGGCUGGACAAUUUGCUUAAUAUGGCCUAUGGCGUAAAGAGGUUCUCCCCCAUCACCAUCGACAGCAUGACCAGCCUGGUGGGCAUGAACAUCCCCGGGCACACGGGUACCGGUUGGUGCAUCUUUGUGUACAACCUGUCCCCGGAUUCGGAUGAGAGCGUGCUCUGGCAGCUGUUCGGGCCGUUCGGCGCCGUCAACAACGUCAAGGUGAUCCGUGACUUCAACACCAACAAGUGCAAAGGCUUCGGCUUCGUCACCAUGACGAAUUACGACGAGGCGGCCAUGGCCAUCGCCAGCCUCAACGGCUACAGGUUGGGCGACCGCGUCUUGCAAGUCUCCUUCAAGACUAACAAGACACACAAGUCCUGAACUCUGACAGGUAGAAGCAGUUGCCCCGCGACUUUGUCUGCUCCCAAAAUUCCCUCCCCUCCACCCCCGACCCUCACCCUCCUACCCCCUCCACCCGUCCCCUCCCCCAACCCACCCUUUUAGCCCCUUCAGUCACCACCACCACCACCCAACUACAGCCAUCCAACACAGCAAAACUCCGACCGGAACACAAAGCAACCAACAAACCAUCAAACAAAUUGAACUAGAAAUGGCUUAUAUUAUAACUUUGGACCUAUAAGCCAAUGUUGCCUAAGUAUUACAAAAAUGAAAUGAUGAAAAUGUUCACGAGUUUUUGGAAGCUCCUGUGAUAAUGCAGGCUUCUCUUUGUUGUAUAUUCUGUUUGUUGUGGUUGUUAAAAUGAUUUUUCUCUUCUGUGUAAACAGUAGCAAAUCCCUGUACCCCCCUUAUUUCAGAGAAGAGAAUGUCCUUUUUAGAUUGGAGCCUUUUCUCUGUCUUGAUUCAGGAUUUGUUUUUCUUUUGUAAAUCCGGAUCCACUGUCGUUAGUAUUAUAUACCUCCCUGUCAGUGAAAGGGAGGGGGCUCUUUUUUAAAUUAGUGAACCAUUCAUUCAUUUUUAGUGUGUAAUUUAAAAAAAAACUUCCCCCUUAUCGAUUCUAGGCGGGAUCUCCGCGGAGUUCCCGGUAACUGAUGUAGAAAAAAAAUGAAUUUCUAACAUUGUUUUUGUUUUGUAUCGCGAACAAAACAUAAUGUCUUUCCUCACUUGGGGUUUCAGGGAGAUGGGGCGAGGGAGGGGAUGGGUUAGCUUUCCUGAUGACACGUUCAGUAAUUUAAGAAAAAAAAAAUAACACUGUUGCCAAAGAGAAGAUCUCUUUGCUUGGAAAAAAAAAAAUACACGUUUAGAAAAAAAAGAUAAAAAUAAAUAGAAAGAAGAUCUAUUUUUAUAAAUGAUAAUUAAAAUAAUAAUUAUUGAAGAAUUUUUACAAGAAUCUGGAUUUGAAGAAAAAAAAAGAGAAAAAUAUUUUGACUGGCUAACUAGGGGGGGCGGGGGUGGGCGGGAGGGGGCACCACCUUGUCUUUGUCGUUCUGCCGUGGUACCUUAUCGGAUCAGAGGUUUGCUCGUUUUCUGGGGGGAAUUCCAAGUCGGUGAAGCGAUUUUGUAGACGGAAGGUUUUGUGAAAAGGGAUGCAAACUUGAGGCAGGUGAUUUUGGUAAUUUUUCACAUGUGUACUAGUGCGUAAUUAUUCAACAGCGAUACCCAAAAGGGAAGGGAGAGGGGUCUUUUUCCGAGGCCUAACCAUCCUUAUUAAGUCCAGAGCCCAAAGCAAGAAGACCCUUUUGUCCACUUGUUUUCUUGUUUUCUUCGUCAUCCGUCAAUAUGGGAUAUCAGUAACUAGAUAUAUACACAUCUAUCCAUUUAGAGAGCAUACUACACAUUAUCUAUAUCAUUUUCUUCGCUCUGCGUUUGUGAAACUUACAUUUGAAAAGAACUUCCUUUUAGCGAUCAACAGUAGGUGCUAUACUACAUUAUUCACAUAUCUUAAAUAUCCAAGUUUGUUGUUCUAUGUGUUGUUUAAAGAAAAAAAUACUUCGAUGUUGGCAUUGAAUUGAGCUGCUGUUCUUUGUUUAAUAUUCGUUUAAUGUCGGCCCAGGAGUCUGGUGAGACUAUUUCUUUGCUGAACAACCAGAUUUAAUGAAUUUUUUGGGCCUUGUAAGAAUCACUGAACAAAACUUUUCAUUUUGUAUUUUUUUUGGAUUUCGUUCGUUUGUUUGGCUUGCUGACUUUUUAGGUUACUUGCUGAGCGUGAAACGUUUGUCAAAAACUUAAUGAUGAUUAGCUAGUUCCGUUAGUCUAGAUAUUUGUUUCCUUAAAAAGGAUCUAUGACAACUGUGUCUUUAUUUGCUGUGUACAAAUAGAUGAUAUAUAUAAAUAUAUAUAUAGUCUACAUUUGUUUUACGAUAUCUACUGUACUAUCUGAGUUGUCACUGUUCUUUUGUUUGAGCUUGUCUUUUUCAUAUGACAAUUUAUUAUGAAGUGGUGGUUCAGUUACUUAGAAAAACUUGUGAGGAAACUGUUCAAUUGUUGUCAUGUUGCUUGUGGAGAAAAAAAAAAUUGGAUUAACUUUUGAGUUUAACUACCGCGGCAAAAGAAACCGAACAAAAGCUUAGAAUAUAACUGUAUUUGUUUGACGGUUUUCUUUACUUAUCCUAUUUUUUAAACUAUUUAUUUUUCUAUUUAUUUCUAUUUAUUCUAUAUUUAUUGAUUGAUUAAUUUAAAUCUGUGUAAUUUAUGUAUUUAUUUGUUUCAUUGUCUGUGUAUUUGCGUGAUUCUGGUACAGGGAGGGGGGCGUUUCUGAGCAAAAGGGAACAAAGCGACUAGUGGAGAGGCUCUUCCAGUAGUCCACUGCACUGAGAGAACUUUUAGUACGUUUGUGCUUUGUACCAAUAUAUCAAAAUUACAAUAUAAAAAAAUCUAAAAGUCAAGAAAACUGAAAAAAAUGUCUGGAGGGUUGGGGGACGCUCUUCCCUUAUUACUAGAAACAGUUACUCGCUAUGCAUAACCUAGUUAAUAGUUAAAUUUGCUAUUGCUUUUUUCUUGUCUUGUUAAAAUGAAAUCUUUAGAUCUUUUUCAAUAAAGUUUAGUCUUAAUAGAAUGUUAUAAACAGUCGUUCUGGUUCAAUAUAACCUGUGAUAAGUUUGUGUAGUUCUAAAAAGCCACUCCGUCCACACCCUCCCUCCACUUACUACCGCUUUGUGAUGAAACCUUAUGCAAAAAUGUGGGUCUGAAAGCAUAGUUUUCAGUUUUCAGUGAACAUUUUAUAUUUAACAUUCAGCUCUUGGAGGCUUGGGCAGAUAAAUUAAAAAAAACAAAAAAAAUGUUCUUAGAGGGUCAUUCAUUGCACUGGACUAAAUCGGUCAAAGUCACUAAAGAGUCAGAACUUAUUUUUAAGAAUAUUCAUCAUGUUUUCAAAUGACAUACCAACAAAUCUUUAAAAAUGAGAAAUUGUUACCAUUGCACACCAACUGUUAUUUACAACAGUUGUUGCUAUACUUAAAGAAGUACUCUGGAGGUAUAAAAAAAGGGAUUGUACCGAUUCUAUAUUUUAUAUACUCUAAUAUGAUAUAUAUUAUAUAUUUUGAAAGGUGAAAGGUAAGGGAAUGGUUCCAGACGUAUAAAUAUAAAGGAAAUUGGAUUUUUUUUGUUUGUUGUUAAGACUUGAAAACAUGAAGGAGGUGUGUGGAGAGCAUUUGAAACACUCAGACGCAUGCUCGCAUUAGUACAUCCUCUUCCUCUCUCACACCUCAGUCAUCUGACAAGCCGGGUCAUCCGACGCCAUUACCGUCAUCCAACAGUCAUCCGCGCCAUCCAAUCGUGUUCUCAUUAACGGCAACCAACCAACCAACCAACCAACCGACCAACCAGACCCCUUCUUGCUCCCCGCCGCCGUCGGGAGCUUGAAUUAUGCAACGACCCCAGUAGAAUGUUCUGAUGUGUGAACUAAUUUCCUACACUGUAUGACUUUUGAACUCUUACGAUGCGUGCCUGUGUUCCGCCUAGACCCUGUGUGCACGUGUGAUGUGUGCGCGCGGAUGUGUGCAUGUUCGUGUGCAUGUUUAUGUAUUUUGUGCGCGUGUCGUCCGCAUAACGUUUGUCGGCGUGGAGUGAAUCCAUGUGUGUGUGUGUGUGUGUGUGUAAUACAGUGCAGUAGUGUUGGGGCACAUGUGUACGAGUGUGUGCUUCCCUGUGUGUGUUUGUGUGGCACGGGCGAUUGUGCAAAAUGUGCGAGUGUGUGUGCGAGUGUGUGUGCAUGUCAGGGUGUUUGAAACAUGGGGCUGCGUCACCUCGCUCUAUGCCCAACCCCUAUGGCUCACACCAUCCCCUGUAGCGCCUUAUAGUGGCAGCCUGCCAGUAGGAACAACGCAGCCAGUAGUGGAGGAGGGAAGGUGAACAGAGGAACUAGGCUCUUCUUGUCAGUUUUCAUUUUUCCUCCUGAGACGUGUUUGUUUACUAUCUGAAAAAUCUAUAAAAUGAAAUCUUUAAAGACAAAAAAGACGAAAAAAUGUUCACGGGGCCCCAUGACCGCGGCUCUCUCUACUCUCUCCUGCUUAUGUUAUUACUUAACAAUUAUCAAUGAUGAUUAUUAUGAUUAUUAUUGCUAUUAUUCUUAGUAUUCUUAUUCUUAUUAUUAAUCCAAUUACUGCGAUGAAUGACUUCAUGUUAUCCUUGCUAGUUUAGGUCAUUUCUGAAACUGGAAACAAAAAUAAAAAUCUUGCUGUAAAUGUUUGUUUUUUCUUUUUCAUAAAACUGUUGUGUUUGAAUUAUUUGUACUUUUGAAUGUUGGGACAAUAAAAUGAGGUGUUAAGA